CGUAGAUGCGCACCGCUUCCGGUAAUAUAUUUGGUUCAGUUGUCCCGGGAAACCCGCCUUUUACGGGUCCUUCGUUCAAAACACUUUUUCUUGCGGAAGGCAGUUGUAAAUUUUAAUAUAUUAUCGACUCAGCCCUGGCGCCCUUAUUUGAUAGAUAAAAAGUAACGUAAAGUUAAAUGAAUUAACGUCAGCUGGCUUAAGGAGUGGAGGAGUAGCCGCGGUUAAAGCUUAGCCUCGGAGUUAUUUAAAAUCCAACAUGACCCAGCAAGCUGCUGCUCUGCAGACCUACAACAAUGAACUUGUCAAGUGUAUCGAGGACCUGUGCUCCAAGCGGGAGGAGUUGAACCGUCAGAUCAAGCUGGAGGAAGAGGAGAAGGAGCGGCUGCAGCACGACAUCCGCGUCCUCUCGGAGAAGCUGAGCCGGGUCAACGAGAGUCUGGCACAACGACUCGUCGCCCGCACCACGUUCGACCGCACCAUCGCAGAGACCGAGGCUGCGUACACCAAGAUUUUGGAGAGUUCCCAGUCUCUUCUGAGCGUUCUGAAACAGGAGGCGGGAAACCUCAGUAAAGCCACAGAGCCCCGGAGGAAGGAUCGCUGAUGGCAACUCUCCUUUUGACCACAACACCUGACGCUGCACUUUUAACUUAGUUUAUGCUGAAAACUAAAAACACUUUGGGCCGAUUUGAAAUACGUUGGAUUUAUUGUAAGGUUCUUAAUCUAAUAAAUGUGUUUAUCACUCCCA